GGCGGUGGCGGGGCGGGCGGGCUGAGCGCGGCUCCCCGCAGACAGGCGGCGCUGCGGACGCGGCCGCCGCGGAGGAGCCGCCCGCGGGCGCGCAGCCCGGCGCGGAGCGGGGACAGGGGACGCGGGGAGCGGCGGGUCCGCGGCGGCGGAGGGCGGGAGGCAAGAGUCAGGAGGCGAAGGAGGAGGAGCAGGAGGAGACGCGGGAUAAAGGAGCGCUCGCUGCUCCCUCUCGCUCUCCGGCGGGGCUGAGGGAGGCAUCAUGGCCGCGAAGUCGGACGGGCGGCGGAAGAUGAAGAAGGGCGGCGAGGUGGCGUUCACGCCGCUGCAGAACUCCGAGCACUCGGGCUCCGUGCAGGCGCUGGCCCCGGGGCUGCCCACCGGCUCCGGGCCGGGCGGUGGCAGCGACGACGACGAGGCGCCCGGGGGCGGGUGCUGCAGCAGCGGCGGCAGCAGGGACGGCUCGGGCGGCGGCUCCCGGUGCUGCUGCUGCUGCUGCGGCGGCGGCAGAGGAGGAGACGGCGGAGGGGGCGGCGGCGGGGGCUCCCGGGGCUCGGGCGGGGGCUCGUCCUCCUUGUGCUUGCGGCUGGGCAGGGAGCAGCGGCGCUACUCGCUGUGGGACUGCCUCUGGAUCCUGGCCGCCCUGGCCGUGUACUUCGCGGACGUGGGCACCGACAUCUGGCUGGCGGUCGACUACUACCUGCGGGGCCAGCGCUGGUGGUUCGGGCUCACCCUAUUCUUCGUGCUGCUGGGCUCCCUCUCUGUGCAGGUCUUCAGCUUCCGCUGGUUCGCUCACGACUUCAGCACCGAAGACAGCGCCGCCGCCGCCGCCGCCGCCGGGCACUGCCCCGCCGCCGAGAGCAAGCUGCUGGUGAGCAGCAGCUCCGCGGCCGCGGACAUCGACGCCGCUCGCCCCAGCACGCCGCAGCGACAGGCGUCCACCGCCAGCAAGGGCAACGCCACCAACAGCAGCAGCAACAGCAGCAGCAACGCCGCCGGCAGCGGCGCCGCCGGUCCCCGCGCCAGCGGCGGCCGGUCCGCGUCCUGCGCCUUCUGCAUCUGGCUCCUGCAGUCGCUCGUCCACAUCCUGCAGCUGGGGCAGGUCUGGAGGUAUUUUCACACAAUGUACUUGGGUAUCCGGAGUCGACAGAGUGGAGAGAAUGACAGAUGGCGGUUUUAUUGGAAAAUGGUGUAUGAGUAUGCAGAUGUGAGUAUGCUGCAUUUGCUAGCCACGUUUCUGGAAAGUGCACCACAGCUGGUCCUGCAACUCUGUAUUGUUGUACAGACUCGUACACUCCAGGCUCUCCAAGGUCUUACUGCUGCAGCAUCUCUCGUAUCCCUGGCCUGGGCUUUGGCUUCCUACCAAAAGGCCCUCCGUGACUCCCGUGAUGACAAGAAACCCAUCAGUUAUAUGGCUGUUAUAAUCCAGUUUUGCUGGCAUUUCUUCACAAUUGCAGCAAGGGUCAUUACUUUUGCUCUGUUUGCCUCAGUUUUCCAGCUGUACUUUGGGAUCUUCAUCGUAUUGCAUUGGUGCAUCAUGACCUUCUGGAUCGUUCACUGCGAGACAGAGUUUUGCAUCACUAAGUGGGAGGAGAUAGUUUUCGACAUGGUUGUUGGGAUAAUCUAUAUCUUCAGCUGGUUCAAUGUCAAGGAAGGAAGGACACGCUGUAGGCUUUUCAUUUACUAUUUUGUCAUCCUUUUAGAAAACACUGCCUUGAGUGUUCUCUGGUAUCUGUACAAAGCCCCUCAAAUCUCUGAUGCAUUUGCCAUACCAGCACUGUGUGUAGUGUUCAGCAGCUUUUUAACAGGCAUCGUUUUUAUGUUAAUGUACUAUGCCUUCUUUCACCCCAAUGGACCAAGGUUUGGGCAGUCGCCAAGCUGUGCUUGUGAGGACCCUGCCACUGCCUUCACCCUACCCCCAGAAGUGGCCACAAGCACGCUAAGGUCCAUCUCCAACAACCGGAGUGUCACAAGCGAGCGGGAUCAAAAAUUUGCAGAGAGGGAUGGGUGUGUGCCUGUGUUUCAGGUGAGACCCACUGCACCAUCCACACCUUCAUCCCGUCCACCAAGGAUUGAGGAGUCUGUCAUUAAAAUUGAUCUGUUCAGGAACAGGUACCCAGCAUGGGAGAGACAUGUGUUGGACAGGAGCCUGAGGAAGGCAAUCUUGGCAUUUGAAUGUUCCCCUGCUCCUCCACGGCUACAGUAUAAAGAUGAUGCCCUUAUCCAGGAGCGCUUGGAAUAUGAAACCACAUUGUAAACAAAGCAAAAACACGGCUUGAAGAAGCUCCAGUGUUACAGUCCAAAUUAAGGGUUGACAGUAGGGCUGUAGGAAUAACUAAACUGUGUACUACAAGUAGAGAAGCAAGCUAUAGUGUUCUUAGUCUGGCUAUCAUCAUGAUUAUCAUUUGAUCCACUGCGUGCAGUCUGUCUGCAGGACACUGAUACAGCAGCGUCAUCUGAAAGCCUAAAAAAACUUUGACCCACACAUACAGAUCAGUUACUUCAGCUGGGGAAACUCACCCAUGACCCCUUGCUGCCAUGAAACUCUAACUGCACAGUAUUUACAACCAAUCAAGAGCUUUCAACUUCCGCCAGUAGUGCAUUUUAUUUUAGAAAUUAUUGAUUGAUAUUUCCAUAAUCAAUGGCAAAAAUAAACAAAAACAUACCUUUUCAAAAAUAACAAAACUAGCACACAGUGUUGCUGUUAUGAAAACUGUUUUCUGGGGAAAAAAAUAGGAACAUAAUAGUUUUCAACACUCCCAUAAAUCAACCAUUAAGGUUAGGUUAGGUAUGCAAAAUAGUUCUUAAUCAAAAAGAUACAUUAUCAUGUUUGUAAGGCUGUCAAAGGAAAGUAAACUAAAUUUUGAUUAAUUAGGUCAUAAAAAUUAAUACUACCAGAACUGUUUGUUUUCUGUAGAAUUUCAAAGUCUUUUUAAAAUAAAAUUUAACUUCUUGAUGUUACUUUCAGCAGAAAUCAUAUGCAGCUCACUUCUGGUUUUCAGAAGAUAUAAGGAGCUCUAACAUGUAGUGAUAUACAUUAAAUGAUAAUCAUGAUUCAGUGUUCAAUUUGCAAAAAAAAAAAAAAGUGAAAGAACAGGGAAGUAUAGUUUUCACAUUCUAAACUUUUUGGAGGACCCCAUUCAGACAUUUCAGAAGAAGCUACAAGGAGAUGAACACACUGAGACUUCUCUGUUUCAGGACUGAGAAUGCAUGAUUCAGUGUGUGAAUGUAUGCAGGGGUGACAAGAGACUGUGACAUGCCAUACCCUUCUAGUGCCAAACAUUGUAUAACUGCAAGGUUGAUAUUGCCUGAGGGACAGAUAACAAGUGGCACAAGCCCUAUCAGAAAAAGAAGCAGGGAAGACCAAACAAGUUCUCAACAUGUAGAGACAGCUCUGAUUUUUCCCAACCCAAGGUGAAAGUGGUGUCUUUUAAAGGCUUUCAACCACCUCUUAGUAAGUAUAUUCACAGAAGUAUAAGAAAGUUAUGUGGAAGAGUCUCUUCUGCCUGUUCAAGACUUUUGUCCAGAUGCUUCUAAAAAUUACGUUGAAUCUCUUGUAAUAGAGUGCUUUGCUGCAAGCUUUUGGGUUUUAAAUACCUCCCUAAAUCUAGUCAAUGGUGUUAUCCUUCAUGUUAAAAGUAUCCCCUGAUGGUGCUUUCAAAUGCAUUAAAGGUGCAAGUCAAAAUUUGAUAGUAUUUUUUUUAAAUCUGGUGCAGAGUGAAAAACUCAUGGAUUAUUUCGAUAUUUUUGUAAACUAAAAAUAUGGUAUAAAAGGUUACUUUUUAUAAACCUCAAAUCUUUUAAUACAUUUCAUUCUCUUUAUAGCUUAGAUUUUAAGAAUUGGUCCAUGAAUUUUAUCAAAUGGCUUUUUCAGGUUGAUGUAAACCUGGUUUUCACACAUUAUGGAUUUGUUUUGCAGUGUAAUGCUAUAUGAAAGCCUACAUGGGUACUUUUAGAAUACCCUAUAAACUGUGGAUCCUGUUUCAAAUGUAAGUGGCUUGUAAAGACACCAAGUGAUUCCAUAAGAAAAAAUUUGCUAUAACUAUUUCCAUCCAUUUUAGGAGAGAGAAGCAGAACUGAAGAGUUGUUGUUGUAAAUGGCAUUGUCAGAAUGGAGAAGACCUGAUGAUUGGUAUUGUAAUCUUCACUGUCAGAUAUAUCCAGUGUAGUCACUGCUGUAUAUGCUGCUGGAUUAAUUUCAGUCUUUCCUAUUAUGAAUAUUUGUACUAUGAAAUGGCCAAGGUUACACUGACUAUGUUUAUUUGUAUGCGUUCAAUUAGCCAUUUUUAAUGUUGACUUUUUUAUUAGUGAAAUGUUCGAUACCUGUUGUUCUUUGCUGGGGCAAGUUCCUCAAAACAAAAAAAAAAUCUGUGAAAGUGCAGGAAUCUGCAAGGCAGAGGGAACUUUACACAGAUCAGAAAACACCCAUGCUUCAAGGGUUUCUUAGGUAUUUUCAAAUUAAGCAGUAGCCAACUGCCUCUAUAAUAAUUUUUUAAAUAAAACAAUUUUUUGAUAGUCCAAACCUGAAGCUUUGUACAAAGUGAUUGCCCUUCUCUCCAUGAAUAUAUAGCUAAUUAUUCAGAGAAAAGCACUCAUGUUUUGUCAAAAAAUAUACCAGUGCAAGAACUGCUAAAAAAAGGUUUUUGAAGCAAGUCCUUUGUCCUGUCAAAUUCAGUAGAGCCUUCACUCCAGAAUCAAACGCUAGCUCGCACAAGAAAAUUGCUGUUUUUCUUUACAAACAAGGCAAAUGGUAAGCUUUGUGAUCCAAGAUGUGUUUCUUUUGGAAACAGCUGAAUGUGUUUGCUGCUGCUUUAACAACUCAGAAAUUUAAGCCUGAAUGAGGCACAGUGGGCAGCCUUCACAAGCUCUACCCACCCUCUGGUACCUCCUGGGGAGAGGGGCACAUCACGGCUGUCAGUGAGGCUUGUCCUGUGCUGCUGUCCCUCUCAUCCCCUUGCUCUUCCUCGGAGCUGUGAGCCCUUUGGUCAGGGCUUAAAGAAUUGAAGAAAUGUUCCUUCGAACGAAAUUUAAAGAGUUAAAGUCUGCACCAGUACUUGCUUUGCAAGGUUGCUGAAGAAGGUUUGGGGUGAGUUUGUUUGAUUUGCUCUUGUUUGGUUUUGGAAGGAAGGACACAGAGGUAUUAUUUAUCCAUGUGGGUUUUCCUGCCUAGCAUUUACUUUCUUUACGCUCUCAGCAUUUUUGAUUUUUUUAAAUAAUGUUUGUAAAAAUGUUUAUCUUAAGCAAACUACUACUGCAGGGUCUGAGUGCAGAGCAACAUACACAUACACACAUAUAUAUAUAUAUAUAUAUAUAUGUAUAUGCACAGCACUAUAUAUAUACAUCUUGUCCUAAGAAUUCAGUCUCGCUGUUUGAGGGAUGGAGAGAAAUCAAUAUACACUGAGUCAAAAUUUGCUCUCCAAAAUCUUACUCUGUUACAUUCAUAACAUCAGUGAUACUUGCACUGAGAACAGGGUGGCCAUUGAAAUCUUAACACUCAGAUGACUACGUGGACAGUUUCAUAAUUUGCAUUGCUGUGAAUAGUCACAUUUAAAGCUGUAAGAACUUUUUAUAGAAAUUGCCAAGAUUAAACAUCAUCCACGUUGAAAUUCCAUGAUGGCCUUAAGGAGAGUUAAUAAUCAAUAUGCACUAUUCUUUUUACCACAGGCAGUUUUAAAAUCAAUAACAUUCAAUUAAGACAGCAAUAGCAAAAAAAAAAAAAAACAAAAACAAAAACAAAAAACCAAACAACAAAAAAACAAAACCCAAAAAAACCCAUCCAAAAAAUUGUAAAGAAAAUUAACUUCUGCUUUUGAAAUAAUAAAAAAAACCAGGCCUUUUAUAUUUCAUUACAGAAUACAAGAAAAUAAAAUGUUCAUAUUUUCAUAUUCACAUUCUGGUAAAGAAAAGCAAUCACAUCUCUUUGUUAGAAGUAAGAAUUAUGAAAGCAUUGUUCUACUGAAACAAAAAAAUUACCAGUGGAUUUAAUGGUAACUUAUCUGGUUAAACACUUGGUCCUAAACUUUUGAGAGUCUGUAUUUGUCUGUUACAGAAAAGGCGAUUCAACUACUAUUCACUACUCUAAUUAAUAAAGAAGAGGUAAUGUAUACCAGGUUCAUUCAGAAAACAUAUAAAAAAUGUAACAUAAAAUUUUUGUCUUAUUUUAAAAGUUAUUUUUUCUGUAAUAAGAUAAUUUUUCUGAAAAAAAUUCUUUUCAAAUAUGUGCAAUACCUUUUUUCUGCAUAUUUAAAAAUGAAAAAAGUAAUUUCUGAUUUCGUUUAUGUCAAUUUAAAUAUGUUUCUUGUGCUAGAACAAUGUUUCUGUGCUUGGGCUAUAUGGCUUUGAUGACAUAUAAACAACAUUUUUAUUGACAAAACAACAAAUUCUCUAUUAAUUAAUUUUUAUAACACUGGAGAAAAUUUUCCUUCCAAAAUUCAAUGCUAGGCCUCAUCUGCCUGAUUUUGUAAACUUUUAAGCAGAGAGGGUAAAUUACAAUUUUAUUGGAGAUGUAAUUUUUAAUAUGUGGUGAAUAGCUAUUACACCCAUAUUAGUUUAAAACAUACAAUGGUCUAGCCAAUACAUCAUUAUUUCCCCAAAAGAGCAAUUCGUAAGUGGUAGUAAAAGUAAAGGUGCUGCUUUAUUUGGAAAGGGACUUCCAAUCAUGCAAUAUGUUCAUUUACUUUUUAUUGGUCAGCAAAUAUUCGCAACCAGCCUUUUGGGUUUUUUAGAACACAAACAGUUUUGAAGUCUUUGUGAUUUGAUCAUAUAACUCCUUAAGAGCCUUAAAAGUGGCGCUGCACUGAGUUUUAGUUGGCUCUGCCAGUGAUUCAGCUCCCAAAGCCGCUGCUGCCAUUUCUCUGCUCCAUCCCUGAAGCUGUGCAAUCCAGAGUGACUGAGAUGCUGAGAUUUGUUUUGCACCCCCUGCAUGCCUGCACAGUGCCAAGUAAAAGACUUCAGCAGAUUUCUGUGGUCCUGCUGCUGCCUCUCUUGCUCCUGUGCAUGGUGGGAAGCAGAGUAAAUUGCAUCUGUGCAUCUAUUUAAAUGAGCUUAUUUACAUUGAGCCCCUACAAGAUGUGUGCAAUGAAAAUAAUUGCAACACGUGUCCGUGAAUUUACAAGCCCAACACUGCAAUUACUAAUUCUGUAGCAUAACAAAGCAGAACAUGGGAAGAAUUGUCUAAACACACAAUAAGCCGUUUAAUUUUGCUAAUUGUAGCAAUUAGACUAGCUUGCAUGAAGCCUGUGCUCUCAGCAGAAAGCCAAAUAGAGUAAAUGGCAAACAGCCAUUUAUAUACCAGAGACAUUAAGUCAUGAAAUUCUCCCUUCAUUGUUAUAGAACUAUGUCUUUUCGUUAUGACGUUAAUUGAUUCUUCUUUAUUCUGAUAAAAUGCAAAAUAAGAACAGAUCCUUUUAAAUCUGGGAAUUAAAAAAAAAAAAAAAAACACAACAGAUUACUGCAGUUCACAUGUAGUGAUUUUUUGAAACAAAUUCUGUCGUUAUUUUCACUUGGCUGCAGAUUGCUGAGCAAUCCACUUCUGAGAUGAUUUCUCACAUCUGGUAUGAGCAGACUUCAUUACAGGAGAGACAGAGAUGAACAUUACAAAGCCUUGCUCAUGUAAAGUUAGGGGAAUAGUGUCACUGAUCAACAGAUCGUUUAACACGUGAGGGAUCGCUGGGCACAAUUUGUUUUACAGUAGUGACCUCAGUGCAGGACUUCUGUGAGAUGUCUUCACUGAUAUGACAAAAUCAGGCCCCUGGUAUUGAGUGAACAACUGCAUGAAUUCAGACCACAGCAAUGUAAGUCUUCACCUCCUUGCUCCAAACUGAAGUCAGCUGGAGAUUUGCUUCUUUCCAAAGAGCCUGCAUGUCACUUGGCUCAACCAGAAAUACAUACUCUAAACUUAGUGCUAGCUCAGCAUGAAUCAAACAUUUCUUCUUCUUUCCCUUUUAGUUCAAACAUUUAAGAAUAUACCCACUUUGACACAGUUGCUGUUUUGUGAUCCUUUUAAGAAGACUUUGAAAAAUUCCUCUGAAACCAGUCAUUUCCAGUGAUUCUUAUAAAAGCCAGUUGCUGACCAGCACAUUCAUUAAAAAGAACAUUUUCUAAAUGUGUAAACUUGGCUCCUGUACAUACAUUUUGCUCUGAAUGCUUAGGGUUUCAUUCUUAUGCAACGGAUCUUAUGUACCCAUUAGUAAGCUGUAUGCCUGCUCCGAAUCCUGGGGCAAAGAGGACAGAUAUGCAAGAUGCAGGGUAGAAAGUCCUCUUCAGCACAUUUACAGGGUGAUUUGCAUGAACCAGAGACAUCAGAGAAAAGCUUGUGUAUAAUUACAGUAGAGUUAUACAUGCUGUAUUCAUUGACAGAGAUUUACAAGAAACUGUGAUAUAAGUGGCCAACUAAUAGAUCAAAUCUCAACUUUCACAUGCAAGGCAAUGUAAAAAAAAAAAAAAAAGCAGCAAAGAAACGUUAAAGUGCAACCAAAAAUCUCUUUUCGAGGAAUGGUUGGGAUAAACUUAAAAAUAUAACAGGUUUGUCAGUGUAACUAGAUGUCAUAUUCGUAAAAAGAAAGAUAAAAUGACUAUGGGUACAUUUUCUCUGUCUGUAGAUUUCAGCCUCUUAUUUCAGAUAUCUUUGGAAGCAAUUGCUUCUGGAUCUUACUUCUAGGCAUGCUGCAGCCCUAAGAAUACUAGCAGCUUUUCUACACAAGACCUGUUCUGCUAUAGGAAAGUCCAGAUCCUUUUAAGCAGGUGUUGAGUUUGGCAUUGUUUACUGCACUGAACUAAACCUCACAAAAGCUUUUUUAGCAUGAAAUAGGUGUGUCCACUCAGCCAUAUACUGUGUAAAGGAACUGAAAAACAGAAUUUCACUAGUAAGUGAUUUCCUCAAGGUAAAAAAGCUGCUAGUUGAAUGUCUAGAAGAGAUUUCAGAGGCAUAACACAGUACUAAGGCAAGACAUAGACUGUUUGUGUGCUACGAGUCCACUCAGGGCAAGGCCUGGUUGUAGUCCAGCACUCCCUUCCCCACCUCAUGCACCAAAGAGCCCAGAGAGAGAAAAAUCAAGUGCAUGAGCUGGAUGAAAUCCACAACACUCGGGGACCAGAUACCCAGCACGUUGCAGCACACGUGUAGAGGUCUGCACAGGCACAUUGGGGGCCUCAGACUAAUACUGUGAUCCUCCAAACUGCACUAACUAGCAGCUCCUGAACGUUUUUAAUGCCAGAUGUUCGACCACAUAAAAUUUGGCUCCUGGACUUGGUCAGAAACAACUUGGUCUUAACAGCACAAGGUAGCUCAGCUCCUAUCUCCCACCUAAGCCUGCCAGGAUCCCCUGAGCACAUAUUCUUCUGCUUAUUUUACCUGAAGGACUUGAGUCCUCUGGGGUGCUAUCAGAUGGAGCUUUGCACAGAAAUACUCAUGACUGCUUUUCCAGCAGUAAAUUGGUGGUAAGCAGAGACCAAGGGGAAAGCCAGAUGCAGUUAUCUCUUCAACUAGCAAUGAUUCAUAUCUUUAGCUACUAUCUCUCAGGGGAAGGCUAUAGGGCUGCACACUACUGAGAAGGGCAAUUCUCCCUGCUUCAUAUUUUGAGGCUGUUCUUCCUCUUUGUGGAAAACAUAAAAGUUAUCCUGUGCAAUGUAGACAUACUUCUAGUAUUUUGACAUGUUCAGUCCCUUUAGUGUCGAGGGCUGAAAUUGUUGAGCACAUUCAGUGCCAUUGCCUACAUCCAGCAAUGUCUACAGGAUACAUCUGGGGAAGAAGCAAAAUCACUCUGCUCACCUUCCAAAAGCCGUAUGAACAUGGUUAGCACUGUGACAAAGCCUGAAUCUCUACAUGCUGCCUUGAAUCAGGUCUACUAAUGCACUGUGUGCUAAUGCACUGCUAACGCUGUGGCCACGUUCACCUGGUUUUUCAUUGGAGCUCAGGCAGAGUUUUUAUGGGCACCAAAGCUGCACGUGUAGCUUAUCUAUAAUUGCCUGAGCCCAAGGUGCAUACCCUUUGCAAUCCCAGUUCCUUCACCAAACAAAGAUCAGUUUGGGCUGAGCAAAGGGCAGACAGGCUCUAUGCUAUCUAGCCAAGCAUGUGGAGCACACAUGGUUUCUCUGGACGGUGCAUUUGAACCACAGUUAUGUGCAAAUUGUCCAGGUUAUGGUGAAUGCAAGAAGUAAGUUCAGUGUCCACAGUUUGGAGCAUGCUGUAAUGAAUACUCUCUGUGAAAGUGUUUGUUUUUAUCAUAAUAAAAAUAGUACAAUCUUAUCUCAUACUUGGGAGCAAAUUUACAGUAUCAAAUGCAUUUAUAUAUAUAUACCUGUGUAUAUAUGUGUGUGUGUGUGCAUGUAUACACAUGACAGUGAGUCUUGAGAUUCUAUUAGGAUUCAAUCUUGCAAUUCAUUUAAAUUCUAAGCCUAAACAAAAGGAUCAAUAGCAUUACCAUCAAGGGUAAUCAAGUGAUAACUGCAAAAAAAAAGAACAUUAUUGGAAAAUAUAUUCUAGUUAUUAUUUGAGACAGCUUUGCGAUGUAUUAUGCCAGCACUUUAACAAAAAGUUAUGGAGAAAAUACGUCUAAUGCUAUAUUUCAUAAUCUUAAAUAUUUUGGUAAAAGAAUAGAGUGGGGAAAAUUUAUAUAAAAUAAAGAAGGAUCUAUCACAUUUACUUAAUCAAGGAAAAAAUCAUAGGAAAAUGGCAAAGGGAUCAAUUAAACUUUUAUUUCAUUUAACGUUGGUUGUAUUUGUUUUUCUAUUAGUUAUCAUUGUCAGUAGUUUAUGAAGGAAAUAAUUUGCAAUAAUUAGGAUGGUUUACUUGCAUUUUAACUGAAGAACACUAAAGAGCAUUUGUUAUCCAACCCAUGUGCAGUUUCCUAAUACAUGCUGUCAGAAGGAAAAAUUUGCUCUUGCACGGAUUAUGUAUUGAAGAUAAAUUUAAAAUGCAUGUAUUUGAAAACAAUACCCCUGUCAAUUUAAAUAUACCAUGCAUACGCAGUA